AUGCGAGAAGGGACUUCACGUCUGUCCACACAUCGGUUUGAACAACUUCCUGAUAUGCGCGACGGCAUGGCCAACCCAAAUGAUGUUACGAUUGACAUCCCAUUAACCGCUACCCCUAGUCGCGGUCAAAAUGGUAUUCGUAAAUGGGGCUCCAAUGUAGGUAGUGCCGUCCCUGUCGAGUCGCAAGACGAAAAGGCCGCGUUAGGUCCUGGUCUUCGGCGUCGCCGGGACGAUAAUAUCAACGAACACACCGGCAAGCCGUCCGAGUCCCCGGAGGAUGGGAAAGUCAAUCGUUUGGGUCGUAUUUAUCAGGCCAUUUACAACUUCUCUGUCGUCACUCGUUAUAUGAUAUAUGUUAUUCCCGUUGGCAUAAUUUUUGCCAUUCCUAUCGUUAUCGGUGCCACUGCUUCGCAAAAUGCUCGCAUUGGUGGCGUUCAUAUAUACUGGUUCUUUGCUUGGAUUGAGGUCGUUUGGGUUAGUUUGUGGACUUGCAAAAUUUUUGCAAAGUUCAUUCCAUUUGUUUUCCAGACGCUUUGUGGUAUUGUGAGCUCUGGUACGCGCAAGUAUGCUCUUAUUUUGCGCUCGCUAGAGACUCCGAUUACUUUGGUCUUGUGGUGUGUGGUCUCUCUGGUGACAUUCUUGCCGAUUAUGACAUUGAACCCUAGCAAGAAGUCAAACGGUGACACCGAUGUCACCACAUGGGAGAAGAGUGUCAAGAACAUUCUGUUUGCGCUACUUGUCUGCAGUCUGAUCUACUUAUGUGAGAAGGCUACCAUCCAGCUUAUCUCCAUCAGCUAUCACCGGAAGCAAUUCGAUGCAAAGAUCAAGGAGUCCAAGCAUAAUGUGUAUUUGGUCGGUCUCCUCUUCGAGGCCUCGCGCAACAUGUUUCCCAUGCACUGCCCGGAGUUCGCAGACGAAGACGCCGAAAUCGAAGAUUCAAUACUUGUCCAGGAAAUCAAGAAGAGUAAGCGCAGUUCUAUGAUGCCGCUUCGCAUGGUGCGAAAGGUCGGAGCGAAUGUUGGCCGUAUUGGUGACAAGGUCUCCAAUGUCUUCGGCAAGACUGUCUUCAACCAGAACGCCAACCACACUAUGGUCAUCGAGGCUCUCGAGCGUAAGCGCUGCGCUGCUGCGAUGGCCCGCCGUAUCUGGAUGUCCUUUGUCGUUGAGGGUCGCGAGUCUCUGUUCAUGGACGAUAUCGUGGAAGUCCUGGGUCCUGACCAUGAAGAGGAUGCUGAAGAGUGCUUUAACCGCUUAGACAAGGAUGGUAACGGAGAUAUCAGCUUGGACGAGAUGAUUCUCACCGUUACUGAGUUUGGCCGCAUGCGCCAGUCCCUGAACCACAGUAUGCACGAUGUCGACCAGGCUAUUAAUGUCCUGGAUAACCUUCUGCUGUGCGUUGCUGGUAUUGUCGGUAUCCUGGUUUUCAUCUCCUUCGUGACCACUGGAUUUGGUACUGUCAUCGCGGCUGGUGCUACCUCGCUGCUCUCUCUCAGUUUCGUCUUCUCUACCACCGCCCAAGAAGUCCUCGGAUCAUGCAUCUUCUUGUUUGUUAAGCAUCCAUUCGAUAUUGGUGAUCGUGUCGAUAUUGGCGACAAGUCCUAUGUCGUUGAUCGGAUUUCGCUUCUCUUCAGUGUCUUCCGAACGGUUUCUGACCAGCGCAUGUCUCAAGUUCCGAAUAACAUUCUUAACAGUCUGUGGAUUGACAACUUCACUCGCGCUAAUGCCAUGCACGAGCAGCUCACUGUUCCUGUCGCCUUCGACACCUCCUUCACUGAGAUCCAGCGUCUCCGCGAUGAGAUGGAGGCUUUCGUUCGCCACAAGGAUAACUCCCGUGACUUCCAGCCUGAUAUCUACAUUGAAGUCGGUGGCGUGGGAGACAUGGACAAGCUGGAGUUGAUCGUUCUCAUCCGUCACAAGUCUAAUUGGUCUAAUGAGACCGUCCGUGCUGCUCGUCGCUCCAAGUUCAUGUGUGCUUUGGUUCUAGCAAUUCGCAAGGUGCCCAUCCGUGCUCCUGGUGUCGCUGCUGAAGAACCCAAGCCUGAGGGUGACGAGACAGAUGACCAGGAUGGCAAGGAUGACAAACCUGAUGCUGGAAAGAUGGCUGGCGGUUUAACUGCUGCUGCCGCUGUCGUCGGUAUGGACUAUUUGCCACCAAACACCGCGCAAACUUCAGGCUCUGACCUGAACAGAUCCAAUGGAACCCUGAACAAGCGCGGUCCCCGCUCAACCCCGUCCAGUGAAGCCGCUGCGAUCGAACAGAUCAAUGCCCGCUCGCCCGCAACAGACGUCUAUCGCGACGAGCGCGAAAUGGAUCUCACUCGCUCAACAACCACCAAAUCCACAGGUCACCGACUCAGUGUACAAGGCACCGACAUCUCCCGUUCUCUCUCCACCGGCCAGCGCAAAGCCGGCCGCGUUUCAUACGCCGAACAAGAUUUCGCGCCUCUCUCUCCCGUGCGAGCAGGUCUCACACCAUCCUCCAGGGCAGUGUUCGCUACGAACCCCUCCCCAAACUCCUCCCCAGGUCUAGGCCCUGGCUCGUCACUCUCUAUCGUCAGCUCCCAAGGGUCAACAAUCUACAACUCCUCACAUCACCAGUCUCACGAUAACUACGAAUCAAUUCCCCUAGGUGGCUACAAUUCAAAUAACCAGAGCCAGCCACUGUCUGGCUUGACGCCAAGUAGUCACUAUGACCCUAUCUCACCCCCAUCACCCUAUUCCCCGGGACAAGGUAACCCCGACGUACCAACCUCCAACGCUGAACGACAGGCUUCGAUCAACGCGAGGAAAAAUAACAAGAACCAGCAUGGUGGACAUCAGGCAUGA